AAUAAAUAAAAAAUAGGUUGGAAAAAGAAAAUACAAGUUGUUCUGGUUUUAUCUAGGGUUUCCCUUUCAGCCAAACUAAUAAAAACUCCAUUUUCUCUCGCUCGACAGUCAAAGCUCAACUACAGCUGAUUUUUUUUUUUAUCUUCUAUUUUCCAGAGGUUUGUGAGAAGAAAAUAAGCUUUUCACUAAUAUUUUAACUUGAUUUAACCAAGUUGAUAAAAAGGUUAUGCCCAGUAUGGAAAAUGAAGGUUCUGACGUCUCACGAGCUGAAGAAAUCAAAAACCAAGCUAAUGAAGCAUUUAAAGCACACAGAUAUGGUCAGGCUAUUGACUUGUACACGCAGGCGAUAGAGCUAAAUAGUCAGAAUGCAGUGUACUGGGCCAAUCGCUCACUUGCUCACACCAAAUUGGAAGAGUAUGGUAGUGCCAUACAGGAUGCUACUAAGGCAAUUGAAGUGGAUCCUAAAUAUUCAAAGGGUUAUUACAGACGAGGUGCAGCUUAUCUUGCCAUGGGGAAGUUUAAGGAAGCACUAAAGGAUUUUCAACAGGUCAAAAGGAUUUGUCCCAAUGAUCCUGAUGCUACCAAGAAAUUAAAGGAGUGUGAGAAAGCGGUAAUGAAAUUAAAAUUUGAAGAAGCGAUUUCUGUACCCGAGUCGGAGAGGCGUUCUGUAGCUGACUCCAUAGAUUACCGCACCAUCAAGGUGGAGCCACAAUAUUUAGGGUCAAAAAUAGAGGGAGAUGUUGUUACUUUGGACUUUGUUAAGAAAAUGAUGGAUGACUUCAAGAACCAAAAGUGUUUGCAUAAAAGAUAUGCAUUCCAGAUUGUCUUGCAAAUGAGAGAAAUGUUGCAGGCUCUGCCCUCUCUUGUAGAUAUUAAUGUUCCUGAUGGCAGUCUUUUAACUGUGUGCGGUGACGUGCAUGGUCAGUUCUACGAUCUGAUAAAUAUUUUUGAGCUUAAUGGUCUCCCUUCUGAAGAGAAUCCAUAUCUCUUUAAUGGUGACUUUGUUGAUAGAGGAUCUUUCUCUGUGGAGGUCAUCCUCACACUAUUUGCAUUCAAGUGCAUGUGUCCAUCAGCUAUUUACCUUGCUAGAGGGAAUCAUGAGAGUAAGAGCAUGAACAAAAUCUACGGCUUUGAGGGCGAGGUCAGGUCCAAGCUGAGUGAGACAUUUGUGGAACUCUUUGCGGAAGUAUUCUGUUAUUUGCCUUUGGCUCAUGUAAUAAAUCAGAAGGUCUUUGUCGUUCAUGGAGGCCUUUUCAGUGUUGAUGGGGUGAAACUCUCUGACAUUAGAGCAAUAGAUCGAUUUUGUGAGCCUCCUGAGGAAGGGUUGAUGUGUGAAUUGCUUUGGAGUGAUCCACAACCUUACCCAGGACGAGGGCCUAGCAAGAGGGGAGUGGGUCUUUCUUUUGGUGCAGAUGUGACAAGGAGAUUUUUGCAGGAUAACAAUCUAGAUUUAGUAGUGCGAUCUCAUGAAGUAAAAGAUGAAGGUUAUGAGAUUGAGCAUGAUGGUAAACUUAUUACUGUUUUCUCUGCACCAAAUUACUGUGAUCAGAUGGGUAACAAGGGUGCAUUUAUUCGGUUCGAAGCCCCUGAUUUAAAGCCAAAUAUUGUUACAUUCUCAGCUGUGCCUCACCCUGAUGUCAAACCGAUGGCUUAUGCCAAUAACUUUCUCCGAAUGUUCCAAUAGUGAUGCCCUACAUCUUUCUCAGUGAGUAGUAAUGCUCCAAUCUCGUAUGAAUUAGGUUUUUGCUAUAAAAUCUCUAUACUGCUCUGUAGCUCAAUUGUUCGCUAUACGAUGUUUCUCUACUGCUCAGUGGGUGGUAUGAAUUUUUUUUCGGGAUACAAUGUCUGUUCACGGGUUGAUGCUAAGUUUGUUCCUGUCCAGGGGGCAGCUGGCAAAGUGGUAAAUGUUGAUAACUGCCCGUUAUGGUUUUUUUAUGUUAUUGUUUCUUUUUAGUUUUAAGAAUUUCAGGCUGGGGGUUUUAAUCUAAUCCAAUCCAAAGGCCAGUUCAAGUUGGGCAAAAAAGCCAGUAAAAGAUUAAAAAAAAGAAAAAGAAAAAGAAAGAAGAUACAUCUCCUGGUAUUGGCAAAGAUUCUGCUGGUCGCGUUGUAAAAUAGACAACUCUCUAUUUUUGUAUACAUGUGUCCUAAAAUACUUAGAAAUUUUUCAAUAAAUUUGUGUAGUUUUUCUUGUUGAA